CUCGAUCUUGUUUUUCACCAUUUUUCACCGGAAGUUGCUUCUGUGAGACGCUUUCGGUGCCUCCGCAAUAGUUCCGUCUGCCUUGUUUUCACCCCCUUCCUCCCAAAAGACUCCUGACUAAACCCGCCCGUUUUGCCAUGGCUCGUCGCGACGAGAAGAAGCGGCGCAAGCGGGACGAUUCGGACAGCGAGGAUUCGGACGAGCGCAGGAGACGGAGCAGGAAGAGCCGGAAAUCGCGGAAGGACAGCGACGACGAUUCUGACGAGGACGAUGCUGCCUCCACGUCGGAUUCCGACGGCGAUCGCGGCCGGAACCGCAAACGGCGGAGCCGCGGGAGCCGGAAAAAGCUCCGCGAGGGUGACUCUAGCGAGAGUGACGAUGACAGUCGGAGCAGGAGCCGAAGCAGAAGCAGGAGCAGGAGCAGGGGACGGAGCAAAAAGGAUAAGAAAGACAGGAAGGCGAAAAGAAACAAGAAGAGCAAGCGGGAUUCCCGGCGGCGACGGGAACCGUCGGAUUCGGAGCGAUCAGAGGAUAGUAGCGGGAGUGGGAGUGGGAGCGAUAGCGGGAGUGAUAGUGACGGGGGUCCGUCGGGCGGGAGAGGGAAGAAGGUGUCUGAGGAGGAGCUCCGGGAGUACCUGGCGAAACGCGCGCAGAAGAAGGCGGCGAAAUUGGCGAAGAAGCUCAAGCCGAACGCCGUGUCUGGUUACACGAAUGACAGUAACCCGUUCGGGGACACCAACCUCACUGAAACCUUCGUGUGGCGCAAGAAGAUCGAGAAGGACGUGCUGAGGGGCACCUUGGACCCGCGGGAGAUCACGCUGCAGAAUGAGAGGAAGAGACUCGAGGCCCGCAUGGAGGAGAUUGAGAAGGUGAAGAAGCGACGGGAGGAGAGGAUGCUAGAGAAGGCUCAACAUGACGAGGAGAUGGCUAUGUUGGCGCGUGAGAGGGCUCGAGCCGAGUUCCAAGACUGGGAGGAGAAGGAAGAUGAGUUCCACUUUGAGCAGAGCCGCGUUCGCUCGGAGAUCCGCCUGAGGGAGGGCCGGGCGAAGCCCAUCGACGUGCUUGCGAGGAACCUCACGCUCUCAGGGGACUUUGACAUCGAGGUCAACGAGCCGUACAAGAUCUUCAAGGGCCUCACGGUGAAGGAGAUGGAGGAGCUCAAAGAGGACAUCAAGAUGCACCUCGAGUUUGACCGCAACAACCCCAUGCACCAGGAGUUCUGGAAGGCAAUGAUGGUGGUGUGCAACCACGAGAUAGCCGAAACGACCCGCAGAGACAUCAUAGACCGCGCGAGAGUGAGAGGGGAGGAGCCGCCAGAGGAUCUCAUUGCGGAGGAGAGGGGCAUGCACACGGCAGUGGGGGCCGACGUGGCCGAAACCCUGGCCGUGGCGGGCAGCGAGGAGCUUUCGCGCAUGGAGGAGCGGAUCGCCGGGCAGAUGGAAACGGGCAGCGCGAAAGUUGUCGAGUACUGGGAGGCUGUGCUGAAAAAGCUGAAGAUUUUCAAGGCGAAGGCGAGACUUAGAGAGAUCCAUGCUGACCUGCUGAGGCAGCACUUGGCCCUGCUGGAAACGGGAGGGGCGGAGGGAAGGGAAGGGGGAGGAGAGGAGAGGGGGAUGGGAGAGGGGGAGGGAGGAGGGGAGGGGCGGGGAUGGGAGGAAGAGGAGGAGGAGUUGGGUGCUGAGUUGUUGACGAUGGAAGAGGCGGCUAAGGAGGGGUACAAGGAGGGUGGGGAGGGCGGAGGGGCUGAGGGAGGGUUUUCGCCAGAGCUGAUUCACACGUAUGAGGUGGAUGGCACGGACGUGGUGGACCCAGAGGCGGACAAGAGAGAGCUGGAGCGCAAGAGGGCACAGAUACAGGCAGACCGGCAACGCAACGUCCUGGAAGCUUCCGGUGCUGGUGCUGCUAACGUCAGCACAGCAGAGAGGGCCCUGGUGGCGAGGGCGCCUGGUAACGUGGCAGCAGGGGAGGACCGCCAGCUCAGCGCUGCGGAGAAGGCGGCGGCCAAUAAGAUGAUGGGGCAGGAUGCUGGUGACGUGGCGUUUGGUGCCGGGGCUGAGGUGCCCCUGGAGACUCAGGUCUACUGGUGGCACGACAAGUACCGGCCGCGCAAGCCCAAGUACUUCAACCGUGUGCACACGGGGUACGAGUGGAACAAGUACAACCAGACGCACUACGAUCACGACAACCCGCCGCCCAAGAUCGUACAGGGCUACAAGUUCAACAUAUUUUAUCCGGACCUGAUCGACCGGUCCAAGCCGCCGACGUACCACAUUGACAAGGAUGGCAGCGACGGCGAGACGUGCUUGAUCCGCUUUCAUGCCGGCCCGCCCUAUGAGGACAUUGCGUUCCGCAUAGUGAACAAGGAGUGGGAGUACUCGCACAAGAAAGGAUUCAAGUGCACGUUCGAGCGAGGCAUUCUGCACGUGUACAUCAACUUCAAGCGCCACCGCUACCGACGAUAGAUAUACGUACGACCAGUCCGUGGGGUAUGCAGUCCAAUGGCAACGCACAGGAGAAAGGAUUCAAGUGCGCGUUCGGCCACAACAUUCCAUGUGUGUGGCGUGUCAAUCAGCUUUCGCUGCUACCGCUACUGGCGGCGACCGCCUCUGCGGCUGCUUGGGGUCCAGCUUUGGUCUCUUCUGCUUGCUGCAGCUACUGGGAUGGGUUGGAAGGAAAGACAAACCGUCCAGUGCUAACUAAUACCAGCUGAAAGAAAUGUGCAGGCAGCCGAAUCAGUGCGCUACUGCAGCCGUCACUGCUGUCUCUCUCACAAUAUGAUGAUGGAACAGUGAAGAGUGCCAUGCUUGAUUCCACGAAGUCGAGUCCAGGACCACGACAGCCUGAUGUGAUGAUGUCGGCGUUUCUGAACAUUUUCCACUAGGGUUUUCCACGUCAUUGUCUACCAGACUACCAGUAACUUCACCACAGUAGUAGUUGUCCCUCGAUCUUU